AUGGUGGAGAAGGAUUUUGUGAGGAUAAAUUGUUUCAUUCAAUCAGGGGUCCAGAGUAAUACCGCGUGCCCACAGGGAAGCUGUGCAGCAGCAGAUUGCUAUAGGGUUAAAGUGGAGAGGGAAGCUAGGAGACAGAAUGAUGCACAGGAGAGACAGCGCGCUCAGGCUGCCUCAGUCUCACCUUCACCUACCAUGACUGAUGGCAGUGAGAGGCUGGGAAAGAGUGAGUGCAUUUCUGCUCCGCUCCAGUUUCGUCUUCCAGAUGGCAGUUCAUUAACCAACUCUUUCCCAGCAGAUACUCCUUUGGAGACCAUACGUCAGUAUAUCAUUACUCAACUAGGACUCAGCACUAGCUCAAUAACACUGUACACCACCUACCCCAGGCGAGAGCUGACUGAGGAAGACCUGGGAAAGAGUUUGGCUGAGUUAGGUCUGGCACCAAGUUCAACUUUAAUUGUAGCUGUGAAAGGAAGUAAGCCCUCACUCCAUCUGGGAACUCAUCAUUCCCUGAACUGUUGUUAUGGAUUCUUUCGCCUUUGUUCACAUUGAUUCUUCCUGAAGGCUUUCCUAUUUGGAAGUCCAGAUCAGUCUGGAAGGAAUCCUCUUCUGCAGAGAACAAACAGCAGCACACAGUCACCACCAUCAAAUUCUGGUGUACGUCAUAGAGUCCCGGAUGGUGUUUCAUCCAUAAAGAAAGAAGGUGGAAUUUACCAGCUUCACAACAGAGAUGAUGAAGAUGAUGAGAAUAACACGUGGAAUGGAAACUCAACUCAACAGAUGUGACCAAAUGAUCCAAGAUUGCUAAAGACAUAUAGAAAGUUUGAAAUUUUUGGUUUCUCAUUUGGAAUGAUUCUUGUUAAACACAUUUAAUGUAGAGAUAAACUUGGUUAGAGUGAUGGGAGUUGAUGGCACGUAAUACAUCGAUAAAGAAACGAUGUUCCUUAGAAAGGAAGUAAACAGCUCAUUUUUGUAUACAGUUCUAUUUUGUGACUAGCCUGUUUUGUCCGUCAUUCACAGAAUAUCAAAACAGUUGAAAACAGAAGACAGUUUAAGAGUUAAUUUCCUAGAGUUGUUGAUGGUUAAUGACACCACAAAGUCAAUUUUCGAAGUCUCACAUAAAGUUCUGAUCAACUUCCAGUUGUUACGACAGUUACAGUGAAAUGUUAAAGAAUGUCACUCCCCAGUCUUUAAACUUCAAGAAUGCAGAGAGAAAUAUGGGGACAAGGCAAAAAUGCAAUCUAUUUAAAUGGCAUUGGAGUGAGCGGUAUGAAAUAAAAGAAAAGGAAGUUUUAAACAA